AAAAUGUGCGACGAUGAUGCAGGAGCACUAGUCAUCGACAAUGGAUCCGGUAUGUGCAAGGCGGGCUUCGCCGGUGAUGACGCUCCGCGAGCCGUCUUUCCGUCGAUUGUUGGCCGCCCGCGUCAUCAGGGUGUGAUGGUCGGUAUGGGUCAAAAGGAUGCCUACGUCGGAGAUGAGGCCCAAUCGAAGCGAGGUAUUCUGACGCUCAAAUAUCCGAUAGAGCACGGCAUUAUCACGAACUGGGACGAUAUGGAGAAAGUUUGGCAUCAUACCUUCUAUAAUGAGUUGCGUGUAGCGCCGGAAGAACAUCCUGUUCUGCUGACGGAAGCUCCGCUGAAUCCGAAAUCCAAUCGUGAGAAAAUGACGCAGAUCAUGUUCGAAACGUUCGCCUCACCGGCUGCUUAUGUCGCCAUUCAAGCCGUUCUGUCGCUAUACGCUUCCGGUCGUACGACCGGCAUAGUACUUGAUUCCGGAGAUGGCGUUUCUCACACCGUCCCAAUCUAUGAAGGUUAUGCCUUGCCUCAUGCUAUCCUCCGAAUGGACUUGGCUGGUCGCGAUUUGACUGAUUACUUGAUGAAAAUCCUGACCGAACGUGGUUACUCCUUUACCACUACCGCUGAACGUGAAAUCGUUCGUGACAUCAAGGAAAAGCUGUGUUACGUCGCUUUGGACUUUGAGCAGGAAAUGCAAGCAGCCGCUGCGACCUCCUCUUCUGAGAAGUCCUAUGAACUUCCGGAUGGUCAGGUUAUUACUAUUGGAAACGAACGUUUCCGUGCUCCUGAAGCAUUGUUCCAGCCCUCGUUCUUGGGAAUGGAAGCAACUGGUGUGCACGAGACAGUAUACAACUCCAUCAUGCGUUGUGAUGUUGACAUCCGUAAGGAUCUCUACGCUAACAGUGUUCUAUCUGGAGGCACUACUAUGUAUCCAGGUAUUGCUGAUCGCAUGCAAAAGGAAAUCACAGCCCUGGCACCAUCGACCAUCAAGAUCAAGAUCAUUGCUCCCCCGGAACGUAAAUAUUCCGUCUGGAUCGGUGGUUCCAUUCUGGCCUCCCUGUCCACCUUCCAAACCAUGUGGAUCUCCAAGCAGGAGUAUGACGAAGGUGGCCCAGGAAUCGUUCAUCGCAAAUGCUUCUAG